AUGGAUGACUCAACACACAAAGACCAACACCCUGGCAAAAAACAUUCCAGCAAAGCCAACAAAGUACAGAAAGGUCUUGUACGGGCAGACUGCUCCUCCAAGCUGCUGCCAGCUUCCCUGGCUCCCUGUGGACGCCUGGCAUGUGGCCGGAAAACCACAGAUCUUGACGCCCCCACAGAUGAGGGGCCUGAGGGCCGGGUCAAGCGAGUGGAGAUCUUUGUCCCACCCUUGGCACCCGCACAGGCUGCCUUCCGGGACUUUAAUCCUUCAGAAGGGCUCUCAAAGUCUUUAACCUCCAUGGGAAGGUUCGGCUCCAUUGCGGCUGGCGUGGGCAAUGCAGAGCUCCUCGAAUCUUCUCCCACGUGCGGGACUCGGCCUAGGGCGCUGGUGCACCUGAUUCUGCUGCACGUCUCAUGGCCUACCCCAUUCUCCCUGGUGAUCAGCCCGCACUCUACACCCAAGAUCACCAUCACCUACAAAGAUAAUAUCCCGGGUCCUGGCUUCUACGAUGUCAUUCACCAAUCUCCGGUGUUCAACAGUGUCUCGCUGUCUAAGAAAGGGACGUGCACUUUUCCCUCUAUGCGUGCCCGACUGGACACCAUCAUUUCUAAAUACCCUGCAGCUAACGCGUACACUAUCCCAUCACAUUUUGUUUCGAAGAAAGACUUCAGUAAUUCCUGUUCCAGCAUGUUUCAGUUGCCAAGUUUUGCGAAAGCCCUCAAAUCUGAAACUCCUGCACCAAACCAUUACAAUUUACUGCUGUUACGGCAUUAUAAUAUCAACGAAUCCCUCAUGAAGCAGUCGCCAAAGGUAUUGACGUCUUGUUUUAAAUCAAAAACUGGACGUGGAUUAAAACUGACAUCAACGGGCCCGGGACCUGCUUAUUACAACCCCAAUGACCACAUCAAAAUUCUGAAAAAGGCUCUUUUCCCGAGAAACCCCCUCCUGAACUUCUCUGCCCAGCCUUCGCCCCUGCCCCCGAAGCCGCCUCUUCCAGGCCCCGGUCAGUACGAGAUCGUGGACUACGAGGGGCCCCCCAGACACUUCACCUCCAGCGCAUCGUUUGCAUCCAACACCAGCCGGUGGACAGCAGCCCCGUCCCAGCCCGGCCUGCCCGGCCCAGCCACGUACAAGCCAGAAUUCCCUGGAAAACAGUCCUUUCUCUACAACGAGGACAACAAAUGGAUCCCAGUGUUGUAG